AUGGCACAGAGUGGAAACGGAGCAGCAUGUGAGAGUGAUCUUACAUCACUUGGUACCGCACAAGAGCUGAACUUUGAUGAUGACACACUGAAAGGUAAAGAUUCUUACAACUGUUAAUAGUGUAUCACCAAAAGGCCUCUAAUAUAGCAAACUAAGGACAAAUGAAGUAAAAUUUAAAAAAAGACAAACAACCGUCAUUUGAAAACAUUCAACAUACGGAAGUGGUUAAAGAGUCAAAGUCGACAGUAUCUCUACUAAAAGUGGGUUUUUCAUUUUCUUUUUUUUUUUCUAGAUUAGGCUUUUCGCAGAAUUUCUUUUCGAGUUUAUCACUUAUGGCAUAAUGAAUGGUUGUUUUGGUACUAGUGCUUUACAUACAAGUAAAGAUAGUGUCAAUUUACAGAUUUAUACUGAUUUUUCCAGAUCAAACUAUUAUGGCACAGAUGGAAACGGAGCAGCAUGUGAGAGUGAUGUUACAUCACAUGGUACCGGACAAGAGCUGAACUUUGACGAUGACACACUAAAAGGUAAAGAUUCUUACAACUGUUAAUAGUGUAUCACCAGAAGGCCUUAAAGAUUACAAACUAAGGACAGAUGAAAUAAAAUAUACAAAAAAGAGAAAAAACCGUCAUUUGAAAUUAUUCAACAAACGGAAGUGGUUAAAGAGGCAAAGUCGUUAAACAGUAUGUCUACUGAAGGUGUUUUUUUCAUUUUUUAUCUAGAUUAGGCUUUUCGUAGAAUUUGUGAUCGAGUUUAACACUUGUGGCUUAAUGAAUGGAUGUUUUGGUACUGGUGCUUUAUAUACAAGUGAAGAUAAUGUCAAUUUAUAGCUUUAUACUGAUUUUCCAGAUCAAACCAUUAUGGUACAGAGUGGAAACGGAGCAGCAUGUGAGAGUGAUGUUACAUCACAUGGUACCGGACAAGAGCUGAACUUUGAAGAUGGCACACUGAAAGGUAAAGAUUCUUAAAACUGUUAAUAGUGUUUCACCAAAAGGCCUUUAAGAUAGCAAACUAAGGACAAAUAGAACAACGACAUAAAAUCGUCAUUUGAAAACAUUCAACGUUUGAUACAUGAAGACUGAAAGUCGUUAAACAUUAUCUCCACUGAAGGUGUUUUUUAUUAUUUAUCUAAUAUUAGUUAAUACUAGUUAAUAUUAAUUUAGAGCUUUUUACCGAUUUUUCCAGAUCAAACCAUCAUGGCACAGAGUGGAAACGGAGCAGCAUGUGAGAGUGAUGUUACAUCACUUGGUACCGGACAAGAUCUGAAUUUUGAUGAUGACACACUGAAAGGUAAAGAUUCUUACAACUGUUAAUAGUGUAUCACCAAAAGGCCUCUAAUAUAGCAAACUAAGGACAAAUGAAAUAAAAUUUUCAAAAAGACAAAAAACCGUAAUUUGAAAACAUUCAACAUACGGAAGUAGUUAAAGAGUCAAAGUCGACAGUAUCUCUACUAAAAGUUUGUUUUUUAUUUUCUUUUUUUUAUCUAGAUUAGGCUUUUCGCAGAAUUUCUUUUCGAGUUUAUCACUUAUGGCAUAAUGAAUGGUUGUUUUGGUACUAGUGCUUCAUAUACAAGUAAAGAUAGUGUCAAUUUACAGAUUUAUACUGAUUUUUCCAGAUCAAACUAUUAUGGCACAGAGUGGAAACGGAGCAGUAAGUGAGAGUGAUGUUGCAUCACAUGGUACCGGACAGGAGCUGAACUUUGACGAUGACACACUAAAAAGUAAAGAUUCUUACAACUGUUAAUACUAAAUCACCAGAAGGCCUUAAAGAUUGCAAACUAAGGACAGAUGAAAUAAAAUAUACAAAAAAGACAAAAAACUGUCAUUUGAAAUUAUUCAACAAACGGAAGUGGUUAAAGAGGCAAAGUCGUUAAACAGUAUCUCUACUGAAGGUGGUUUUUUCACUUUUUAUCUAGAUUAGGCUUUUCGUAGAAUUUGUGAUCGAGUUUAUCACUUGAGGCAUAAUGAAUGGAUGUUUUGGUACUGGUGCUUUAUAUACAAGUGAGGAUAGUGUCAAUUUAUAGCUUUAUACUGAUUUUCCAGAUCAACUCAUUAUGGUACAGAGUGGAAACGGCGCAGGAAUUGAGAGUGAUGUUACAUCACAUGGUACCGGACAAGAGCUGAACUUUGAUGAUGACACACUGAAAGGUAAAGAUUCUUACAACUGUUAAUAAUGUUUCACCAAAAGGCCUUUAAUAUAGCAAACUAAGGACAAAUAGAAUAACGACAAAAAAUCGUCAUUUGAUAACAUUCAACGUUUGAUACAUGAAGACUGAAAGUCGUUAAACAUUAUCUCCACUGAAGGUGUUUUUUAUUUUUUAUCUAAUAUUAGUUAAUACUAGUUAAUAUUAAUUUAGAGCUUUUUACCGAUUUUUCCAGAUCAACUCAUUAUGGCACAGAGUGGAAACGGAGCAGCAUGUGAGAGUGAUGUUACAUCACUUGGUACCGGAAAAGAGCACAACUUUGAUGAUGACACACUGAAAGGUAAAGGUUCUUACAACUGUUAAUAGUGUAUCACCAAAAGGCCUUUAAUGUAGCAAACUAAGGACAGAUGACAUAAAAUCUACAAAAAAAGCAAAAAACCGUCACUUGAAAUUAUUCAACAAACGGAAGUGGUUAAAGAGGCAAAGUCGUUAAACAGUAUCUCUACUGAAGAUGUUUUUUCAUUUUUUAUCUAGAUUAGGCUUUCCGUAGAAUUUGUGGUCGAGUUUAUCAUUUGUGGCAUAAUGAAUGGCUGUUUUGGUACUAGUGCUUUAUAUACAAGUGAAGAUAAUGUCAAUUUAUAGCUUUAUACUGAUUUUCCAGAUCAAACCAUUAUGGUACAGAGUGGAAGCGGAGCAGCAAGUGAGAGUGAUGUUACAUCACAUGGUACCGGAAAAAAGCUGAACUUUGAUGAUGACACACUGAAAGGUAAAGAUUCUUACAACUGUUAAUAGUGUAUCACCAAAAGGCCUUUAACAUGAGAAAUUUAUGGAGAAAUGAAAUAAAAGAUACAGAAAGGAAAAAACCGUCCUUUGAUAACAUUCAACAUUUGAUACAUGAAGAAUAAAAGUAGUUAAACAUUAUUUCCACUGAAGGUGUUUUUUAUUUUUUAUCUAAUAUUAGUUAAUACUAGUUAAUACUAGUUAAUAUUAAUUUAGAGCUUUUUACCGAUUUUUCCAGAUCAAACCAUUAUGGCACAGAGUGGAAAAGGAGCAGCAUGUGAGAGUGAUCUUACAUCACCUGGUACCGGACAAGAGCUGAAUUUUGAUGAUGACCCACUGAAAGGUAAAGAUUCUUACAACUAUUAAUAGUGUAUCACCAAAAGGCCUCUAAUAUAGCAAACUAAGGACAAAUGAAAUAAAAUUUUCAAAAAGACAAAAAACCGUCAUUUGAAAACAUUCAGCAUACGGAAGUGGUUAAAGAGUCAAAGUCGACAGUAUCUCUACUAAAAGUGGGUUUUUCAUUUUCUUUUUUUUAUCUAGAUUAGGCUUUUCGCAGAAUUUCUUUUCGAGUUUAUCACUUAUGGCAUAAUGAAUGGUUGUUUUGGUACUAGUGCUUUAUAUACAAGUAAAGAUAGUGUCAAUUUACAGCUUUAUACUGAUUUUUCCAGAUCAAACUAUUAUGGCACAGAGUGGAAACGGAGCAGCAAGUGAGAGUGAUGUUACAUCACAUGGUACCGGACAAGAGCUGAACUUUGACGAUGACACACUAAAAGGUAAAGAUUCUUACUACUGUUAAUACUGUAUCACCAUAAGGCCUUAAAGAUUACAAACUAUGGACAGAUGAAAUAAAAUAUACAAAAAAGACAAAAAACCGUCAUUUGAAAUUAUUCAACAAACGGAAAUGGUUAAAGAGGCAAAGUAGUUAAACAGUAUCUCUACUGAAGGUGGUUUUUUCAUUUUUUAUCUAGAUUAAUAUUAGGCUUUUCGUAGAAUUUGUGAUCGAGUUUAUCACUUGUGGCAUAAUGAAUGGACGUUAUGGUACUGGUGCUUUAUAUACAAGUAAAGACAGUGUCAAUUUACAGCGUUAUACUGAUUUUUCCAGGUCAAACUAUUAUGGCACUGAGUGGAAACGGAGCAGGAAUUGAGAGUGAUGUUACAUCACAUGGUACCGGACAAGAGCUGAACUUUGAUGAUGACACACUGAAAGGUAAAGAUUCUUACAACUGUUAAUAAUGUUUCACCAAAAGGCCUUUAAGAUAGGAAACUAAGGACAAAUAGAAUAACGACAAAAAAUCGUCAUUUGAUAACAUUCAACGUUUGAUACAUGAAGACUGAAAGUCGUUAAACAUUAUCUCCACUGAAGGUGUUUUUUAUUUUUUAUCUAAUAUUAGUUAAUACUAGUUAAUACUAGUUAAUAUUAAUUUAGAGCUUUUUACCGAUUUUUCCAGAUCAAACCAUUAUGGCACAGAGUGGAAACGGAGCAGCAUGUGAGAGUGAUGUUACAUCACUUGGUACCGGACAAGAGCUGAAUUUUGAUGAUGACACACUGAAAGGUAAAGAUUCUUACAACUGUUAAUAGUGUAUCACCAAAGGGCCUUAAAUAUAGCAAACUAAAGGAAAAUGAAAUAAAAUACACAAAAAAGAAAAAGAACCGUCAUUUGAAAUUAUUCAAGAUACGGAAGUGGUUUAAGAGUGAAAGUCGUUAAAGAGUAUCUCUACUGAAGGUAGUUUUUUUAUUUUUUAUCUAGAUUAGACUUUUCCUACAAUCAGCUGUGGUCGAUUUUACGACUUGUAGCAACAUGAAUGGCUGUUUCCGUACCAGUACUUUAUAUACAAGUGAAGAGAAUGUCAAUUUACAGCUUUAUACUAAUUUUUCCAGAUCAAACCAUUAUGGUACAGAGUGGAAACGGAGCAGCAAGUGAGAGUGAUGUUACAUCACAUGGUACCGGCCAAGAGCUGAAAUUUGAUGAUGACAUACUAAAAAGUAAAGAUUCUUACAACUGUUAAAAGUGUAUCACCAAAAGACCUUUAACAUGAGAAAUUUAAGGGGAAAUGAAAGAAAAGAUACAGAAAGGAAAAAAACCUUCAUGUGAUAACAUUCAACAUUUGAUGCAUGAAGACUGAAAGUCGUUAAACAUUAUCUCCACGGAAGGUGUUUUUUACUUUUUAUCUAAUAUUAGUUAAUACUAGUUAAUACUAGUUAAUAUUAAUUUAAAGCUUUUUACCGAUUUUUCCAGAUCAAACCAUUAUGGCACAGAGUGGAAACGGAGCAGCAAGUGAGAUUGAUGUUACAUCACUUGGUACCGGACAAGAGCUGAAUUUUGAUGAUGACACACUGAAAGGUAAAGAUUCUUACAACUGUUAAUAGUGUAUCACCAAAAGACCUUUAAUAUAGCAAACUAAUGACAAAUAAAAUAAAAUAUGCAAAAAUGACAAAAAAUCGUCAUUUGAAAACAUUCAACAAACGGAAGUGGUUAAAGAGUCAAAGUCGUUAAACAGUAUCUCUACUGAAAGUAGUUUUUUAAAUUUUUAUCUAGAUUAGACUUUUCCUAGAAUCAUUUGAGGUCGAUUUUACGACUUGUAGCAACAUGAAUGGCUGUUUUCGUACUAGUACUUUAUAUACAAGUGAAGAUAAUGUCAAUUUACAGCUUUAUACUGAUUUUUCCAGAUCACACCAUUAUGGUACAGAGUGGAAACGGAGCAGCAAGUGAGAGUGAUGUUACAUCACAUGGUACCGAACAAGAGCUGAACUUUGAUGAUGAUACACUGAAAGGUAAAGAUUCUUACAGCUGUUAAUAGUGUAUCACCAAAAGGCCUUUAACAUGAGAAAUUUAGGGAGAAAUGAAAUAAAAGAUACAGAAAGGAAAAAAAAGCCGUCAUUUGAUAACAUUUAACAUUUGAUACAUGAAGACUUAAAGUCGUUAAACAUUAUCUCCACUGAAGGUGUUUUUUAUUUUUUAUCUAGAUUAAACUUUUUCUACAAUUUGUGCUCAAUGAAUUCGUUUUUCUUGCGGAUUCGCCAUUACAUAUAGCCCUGCAUCUGUCUCGGGGAGGGGAGAGUAUAGUAGAGUGUUACAUUUUAUCGCCUUUCAUUGAGAAAUUUUGCGGUAUUAUUGUGUUUGGCAAAUUUUCAUGCGGUACUUAUGUAAUUGUAGUCUUUAAUUCUCAUAUUGUGGUAUUUUCAGACAUGGGGAAUCUUUUUUUCAUUGGCUCGGCGAUUUAAUUUUUGGCAUGGUUUUGUUGAAUUCGCCGAUUUUUCUUCUCGGUGUUACGGUGUUCCGUAUACCCCAAGUCGCUCUUUAAUCUUAUUUUUUGGGCAUGCGUAUACUUCUGCUACAAGACCGGCUUUAAUAGCGUGAUAUUGUGCCCAGUUGCGGUUUUAGAAAGGUUUACCAAACAAUAUUUCCAUGAUAAUUUGUUAUGCACUUGAACCCAUCAACAGAAACAAUUAGUAAGGCAUUUAUAUUAACGGAUGCUGAAAUCCUAUGGUGCAGCCACAGCACCUUCACAUUGUACCAUUUAUUAUUAUAGUUCUUAUAACUAUUAUAUUAUUCUUAAUAUUAUUACUAUUUGAAAAGGUUAUUUUAGCUUUAAUCCAAUCUUAACUUUUUGUAGUUUUGAAAGUAAGAAAAGUGUUGGUGUUGAUGUGGUCAUAGCAGCCAAGGCAUCUUUAAGUAGCAAACCGAAUUUAUAUACUUAACAAUGUUUUUAUCAGGAAGUAUUACCAAUAACGAAAGCUGUUGCAAAUUAUGAUGAUUAUCCCCUUAAGUUCUAGAAAGCUAAAAGUAAACUUACCGAGUUUAACUUGCACCAAAAAGAAACAAUAUGUUAAUAAGGAUUAUUGCUGCAAUUGUCUCCUGAUUCUGUUUUCAAAUAUGAUUCUGUCACGUGUUACUGAAGUGGUACUGCAACUCCCUGCUGCUACUAAGUCGAUUGACUAGGGAAACAAAAAAAAACUGCAACAACCGUCGCUCUGAAUCUGAAACUGAAUCAGCCACCGAGAUUGUCGAAAAGUGAGUUGGCAAUGGUUGGUUACUAGGGUGGCCUAAGCGACUGAGCUACUAAAUUCUGGAAAACAGUUUCGUGUCUUGAAUGAAAGCACAAUGGAAAAUUGAAUCAGAUUACGUGUACUGUCCUGUUGUUUGAAAAUUACUUCACCACGCAUUUCAUGACUGCCUGCCACAGAAUUUUGAUUGAUUUGGUCAGUCAAUAAAAGUUUUAUACUAAUGUGAGUUUACCGCUUGUGGCAAAAUGAAUGGUUGUUUUGGUAACAGUGCUUAUACAGAUGAAGUGAAGUUAAUAUCAAUUUAAAGCUUUUUCCCGAUUUUUCCAGAUCAAACCAUUAUGGCACAGAGUGGAAACGAAGCAGCAUUUGAGAGUGAUGUUACAUCACUUGGUACCGGACAAGAGCUGAAUUUUGAUGAUGACACACUAAAAGGUAAAGAUUCUUACAACUGUAAAUAGUGUAUCACCAAAACGCAUUUAAUAUAGCAAACUAAGGGGAAAUGAAAUAAAAUAUACAAAAAAGACAAAAAACCGUCAUUUGAAACAGGCAUUCAACAUACGGAAGUGGUUAGAGAGUCAAAGUCGUUAAACAGUAUCUCUACUGGAGGUGGUUUUUUAACUAUUUAUCUAGAUUAGGCUUUUCGUAGAAUUUGUGGUCGAGCCACUUGUGGCAAAAUGAAUGGCUGUUUUGGUACUAAUGCUUUAUAUACAAGUGAAGAUAAUGUCGAUUUACAGCUUUAUACUGAUUUUUCCAGAUCAAACCAUUAUGGUACAGAGUGGAAAGGGAGCAGCAAGUGAGAGUGAUGUUACAUCACUUGGUACCGGACAAGAGCUGAACUUUGAAGAUGACACACUGAAAGGUAAAGAUUCUGACAACUGUUAAUAGUGUAUCACCAAAAGGCCUUUAACAUAUUAGAAAUUUAAGGAGAAAUGAGAUAAAAGAUACAGAAAGGGAAAAAAACCGUCAUCUGAUAACAUUCAACAUACAUAAAGACUGAAAGUCGUUAAACAUUAUCUCCACUGAAGGUGUGUAACGAGACGAAGACGGAAAUGAACAUGCUAAAACGUUGCACGCCAUAGUCCGCAUUGUACUCUUAUCUUUUGUACCUACAAUUAUAAUUCAACAAUUUAUUUUUUUUAUACCAUAGCAAGUUUCUUUCUAAAGGGGUAUUCCGGAUUUCAAGAGACGUGGAUGACCGAAUGGGGGCAAAAAACAAAACCCCAAAAAUUCCUUGGACAAAAAAUUAACUCCGAUAAAAAUCCUGUACAGAACUACGCACCACCAAGAUUAUUCAGUUAAAAUUAAGCCAACUAAGAAAAUACUUGGCAAAUUUUUCCUACCCCAAAAGAAUCCCGGAAUUGAAAAUUUUAGACCCAAAAAAUCCUUCGAUCAUCGCCGUCACUUGAAAUCCGGAGAACCUCCACUGGAGUUUCGUUCCACCCCAAAUUUCUUAAUCGAAAGUUUUGCUUAUGACGUACUUCAUAACCGCAAAACAGAUUGUCAAAUACGAAGCUGAGUAGAAGAGAUCUACAAGUAAAAAGGAAUGGGAAAAGAACCAAGUAUCUUCUAUUUUUUGGGAACCGAAAUACACUCAACUCGAAAACGAAGAACUCUCACCUCCGGUGAAAGGGCCUCAGUCAACUAAAAUGGGUCAGUUAAUUUGAAGUGUGACUAUCCCCUUUAGGCAUUUGCGUUGCCUCUAGGCCCUUUUGCCCACUGCACUGUGGGGCAUUUAAAAUCAAACGUCUGUCUCGGGGAGGGGAGAGUACAGUAGAGGUUUACAUUUUUAGCGCCUUACAUUGAGAAAGUUUGCGGAAUUAUUGUGUUUGGCAAAUUUUCAUAUGGUAUUUUAAUUAUGUACUUGUGGUCUUGAAUUCUGAUAUUAUGGUAUUUCUAAACAUACGGAAUUUUUUUGUGAUUGGCAGGCGAUUUUAGCAUGCUUGUAUCGAAUUUCUCGAUUUUUCUUUGCUCUCUUACGGUGUUCCGUAUACCCCAAGCCGCUCUUCAAUCUUUUUUUUCUGCGCAUGCGUAUACUUCUGCUACAAGACCGGCUUUAAUAGCGUGAUAUUGUGCCCAGUUGCGGUUUUAGAAAGGUUUACCAAACAAUAUUUCCAUGAUAAUUUGUUAUGCACUUGAACCCAUCAACAGAAACAAUUAUUAACUAAAGGCAUUUAUAUUAACGGAUGCUGGAAUCCUAUGGUGCAGCCACAGCACCUUCACAUUGUACCAUUUAUUAUUUUAAUUAUUGUAACUAUUAUAUUAUUAUUAUUAUUAUUAUUAUUACUACUACUAUUUGAAAAGGUUAUUUUAGUCUUAAUCGAAUCUUAAGUGUUUGUGGUUUUGAAAGUAAAAAAGAGUUGUUGUUGCUGUAGUCAUAGCAGCCAAACAUCUUUAAGUAGCAAACCGAAUUUUAUAUGCUUAACAGUGUUUUUAUCACGAAUUUUUAUCAACAAAGUAUUACCAAUAACGAAACCUGUUCCAAAUUAUGACGAUUAUCUCGUUAUGUUCUGUAAAGCUAAAAGUAAACUUUACCGACUUUCACUUGGACCAAAGAGCAACAAUAUGUUUAUAAGGAUUACUGCUGCAAUUGACUCCUGAUUCUGUUUUCAAAUAUGAUUCUGUCAGGUGUUAGUGAAGUGGCACUGUAACUCCCUGCUGCUACUAAGUCGAUUGACCAGGGUAACAAAAAAACUGCAAAAACCGUCGCUGUGAAUCUGAAACUGAAUCAGCCACCGAGAUUGUCGAAAAGUGAGUUGGCCGUGGUUGGUUAAUGGGGUCGCCUGAGCGACUGGGCUAGUGAAUUGUUGAAAGUAGUUUCAUUUCUUGAUUGAAAGCACAAUGGAAAACUGAAUCAGAAAACGUGUACUAUCCUGUUGUUUGAAAAUUACUUCACCACGCAUUUCGUGACUGCCUGCUACAGAAUUUCGAUUGAUUUGUUUAGUCAAUAAAAGUUUUAUACUAAUGUGAGUUUGCCACUUGUGGCAAAAUGAAUGGUUGUUUUGGUAACAGUGCUUAUACAAGUGAAGAUAAUAUUAAUUUAAAGCUUUUUCCCAUUUUUCCAGAUCAAACCAUCAUGGCACAGAGUGGAAACGGAGCAGCAUGUGAGAGUGAUGUUACAUCACAUGGUACCGGACAAGAGCUGAACUUUGAUGAUGACACACUGAAAGGUAAAGAUUCUUACAACUGUUAAUAGUGUAUCACAAAGAGGCUUUUAAUAUAGCAAACUAAGGAGAAAUGAAAUGAAAUAUACAAAAAAGAGAAAAAACCUUGUUUUGAAAACAUUCAACACACGAAAGUGGUUAAAGAGUCAAAGUCGUUAAACAGUAUCUCUACUGGAGGUGGUUUUUUAACUUUUUAUCUAGAUUUGGCUUUUCCUAGAAUUUGUGGUCGAGUUUAGCACUUGUGGCAAAAUGAAUGGCUGUUUUGGUACUAGUGCUUUAUUUACAAGUGAGGAUAAUGUCAAUUUACAGCUUUAUACUGAUUUUUCCAGAUCAAACCAUUAUGGCACAGAGUGGAAACGGAGCAGCAUGUGAGAGUGAUGUUACCUCACAUGGUACCGGACAAGAGCUGAAUUUUAAUGAUGACACACUGAAAGGUAAAUAAAUAAAAGAUACAGAAAAGAAAAAAAAAUCCGUCAUCUGAAAACAUUUAACAUACGGAAGUGGUUAAAGAGUCAAAGUCGAAGGCGGCCUUUUAACAUUUUAUCUAGAUUAGGCUUUUUCUAGAAUUUGUGGCCGACGAAUGCUGAAUUUUUUCCCGGCAGGUAUGAUUUCUUUUUUCCUGCCAACCCGAAAGAUGGACAGUGUAAGUUCCGUCUAGCGCUACAAAUGUAAUCCUUUUCUAGCUUUUUUGGCGUUUUUAACUUUAGAAAGUGAGUCUAAGUGACGACCAAAUUUGCCACUAUUCUGUGACCAAUGUCAUGGUCAACGCCAUUUAUGAGUUAACAAGUGACACCAUUUGCCUAACCGGGGAAUAAAUGACCCCUGUCAUGAUCAUUUUUUUUUUUGUUUUAAUCUGUAGCAAAGAGACGAAGACGGAAAUGAACAUACCAAAAAGUUGCACACGAUAGUCUGUAUUGCACUCUUACCUUGUGUACUCACAAUUAUAAAUCACCAUUCUAUUUUUUUCACCAUAGCAAGUUUCGUUCCCAAAAGGUAUUCCGGAUUUUAAUAGACGUGGAUGAACGAAUGGGGGCAAAAAUCAAAACCCUAAAAAUUCCCUGGACCAAAAAUUAACCCCCCCCCCCAAAAAAAAAAAAAAAAUCCUAUACAGAACUACGCACCGACAAUAUUAUUCAGUUAAAAUCGAGCCAACUAAGAAAAUACUUGCCAAAUUUUUCCUACCCCAAAAGAAUCCCGGAAUUUAAAAUUUUAAACCCAAAAAAUCCUUCUAUCAUCGCCGUCACUUGAACUCCGGAGUACCUCCACUGGAGUUUCGUUCCACCCCAAAUUUCGAAAGUUUUGCUUAUGACAUACUUUAUAACAGCAAAACAGAUUGUCGAAUACGAAGCUGAAUCGGAGAAACCUGCAAGUAAAAAGGAAAGAAUCACGAAUGGAACAAAAAAAAAAAGUACCCUGUAUUUUUUGGAAACCGAAAUACACUCAACUCGAAAACGAAGAACCCUCAACGCCGGUGAAAGGGUGUGCAAUAAAACAAAUGGGUCAGUUAAUUUGAAGCGUGACCAUCCCCUUUGGGUAUUUGCGUUGCCUCGACGUACUCUUACCCAUUGUUGGGUAUUUGGAAUCAAAUGUUUUGGCUCGCGGAGGGGAGAGUAUAGUAGAGGUUUACAUUUUUAACGCCUUACAUUGAGAAAGUUUGCGGUAUUGUGGUGUUUGGCAAAUUUUCAUGCGGUACUUAUGUAAUUGUGGCCUUGAAUUCUGAUAUUGUGGUAUUUCUAAACAUGCCGAAGUUUUUGUGAUUGGCUCGGGGAUUUUUAGCAUGGUUGUGUCGAAUUUCUCGAUUUCUCUUUGCAGUGUUACGGUGUUCCGUAUACCCCUAGCCGCUCUUCAAUGUUUUUUUUUUUGCGCAUUCGUAUACUUCUGCCAAAAGACCAGCUUUGAUAGUGUGAUAAAUGGCUGUGGUCACACUUGGGAUUUGACGUUGGUAAAAGGCUUUAACCGUGGUAAAAAGGAUGUAAAAAACCUUUACUAUAGUAAAACCCAUUACUUGACUUAACACGUUUCAGAUGGUUUCCCAACAGAAAUGUGUCACUCAAAUGAUGAGCCUGAGGACAGGUGAUCGUUCUUACGACAUUCAUUGAAUGUUUUAUUUUUCAUCCAGUUACAUGACUGUCUGUACAUCAUUCAUUCACUGAAAAUUGUGCCGCUGCUGAUACUGCUUCUAUCGCAUUAUUUUCUCGGCCGAAUAUAAGCGGUCCAUGCUGAAUUGCUUCGUGGCCGUGAUUGUCUGAAAAACGGCCCGGUGGGAUUACGAAACUAUUGCGGAAUGGUGGAACUCUAAAGUGAAAAGAACAUGCAGGUUUCUUAAAAAAAGCGUGCCAACCAAAAUCCAUGUUCAGACAAUAGGUAGAAAAAAUAUGGCUACACGGAAUAAAAAACAGCUGAAUUGAAUGAUUUACUUCUAAAUUUAUGCUCGACUCAGAAAUGAAACACGAACAUUAGAUGUAGGCGUAUGAUUCCUUGAAGUCCAGAAUUUACUGUGGAAUUACCUCGAAUGAAAGCGAAAAUUGUCUGAGUCACUGUGACAUCUCUACUGUACUGUUUGGCACGAAAAAAGGAAAAGAAUAGGCUGGCGGCGCUAAAAAUACAGCAACGUGACACUUAGGGAACGUAUCUCAAAUAAUGCGACUAGAUGUCAACUGAAUAAACAAAGUUUCGAUAUAUCAGCGAUAAACCACAUCGUUUUAGGAAAGUUUACUAUAGUAAACUUUGCUUUCAUCCUACCCCCGUUGCCACCGCAACAGACUAGAUCUGUGUUUACCAUAAAAAAAUGGGAAAAGCCGAUCACAUUAGAAAACGUGUUUACAGUAGUAAACUCGACUUUACUAUAGUAAAACAAGCCCAAGUGUGACCACAGCCAAAUUGUGACCAGUUGCGGUUUUAGAAAGAUUUACCAAACAAUAUUCCCAUGAUAAUUUGUUAUGCGUUUGAACCCAUCAACAGAAAUGAUUAGCAAGGCAUUUAUAAUAACGGAUGCUGAAAUCCUAUGGUGCAACCACAGCACCUUCACAUUGUACCAUUUAUUAUUAUAAUUAUUAUAACUAUUAUAUUAUUAUUAUUAUUUCUAUUUGAAAAGGUUAUUUUAGUGUUAAUCCAAUCUUAAGUUUUUGUAGUUUUGAAAGUAAAAAAAGUGUUUUUGUUGAUGUGGUCAUACCAGCCAAACAUCUUUAAGUAGCAAAACGAAUUUAUAUACUUAACAGUAUUUAUCCCGAGUUUUUAUCAACAAAGUAAUACCAAUGACGAAAGCCGUAGCAAAUUAUGACGAUUAUCCCGUUACGUUCUAUAAAGCUAAAAGAAAAGUUUACCGAAUUUCACUAGCACCAAAAAGAAACAAUAUGUUUAUAAGGAUUAUUGCUGCAAUUGACUCCUAAUUCUGUUUCCAAAUAUGGUUCUGUCACGUCUUACUGAAGUGGUACUGUUAACUCCCUGCUGCCACUAAGUCGAUUGACUAGGGUAACAAAAAAGAACUACAAAAAACGUCUCUCUAAAUCUGAAACUGAAUCAGCCACCGAGAUUGUCGGAAAGUGAGUUGGCAAUGGUUGGUUACUAGAGUGGCCUGAGCGACUGGGCUAGUGAAUUCUUGAAAGCAGUUUCAUGUCUUGAUUGAAAGCACAACAAAAAACGGAAUCAGAUUACGUGUACUGUCCUGUUGUUUGAAAAUUACUUCACCACGCAUUUCAUGACUGCCUGCCACAGAAUUUUGAUUGAUUUGUUCACUCAAUAAAAGUUUUAUACUAAUGUGAGUUUACCACUUGUCGCAAAAUGAAUGGUUGUUUUGGUAACAGUGCUUAUACAAGUGAAGUUGAUAUUAAUUUAAAGCUUUUUACUGAUUUUUCCAGAUCAAACCAUUAUGGCACAGAGUGGAAACGGAGCAGCAUGUGAGAGUGAUGUUACAUCACUUGGUACCGGACAAGAGCUGAACUUUGAUGAUGACACACUGAAAGGUAAAGAUUCUUACAACUAUUCAUAGUGUCUCACCAAAAGGCCUUUAACAUAACAAACUAAGGAGAAAUGAAAUAAAAUAUACCCAAAAAAAACCCCGUCAUUUGAAAACAUUCUAACCGGGGAAUAAAUGAUCUCUGUCGUAUUUUUCGUAUUAAUAUGUGGCAAAGAGACGACGACGGACAUGAACGCACAAAAAAGUUGCACACGAUAGUCUGUAUAAUUGUACUCUUAUCUUUUGUACCACAAUUAUAAUUCACCAUUUUAUUUUUUUAAUACCAUAGCAAGUUUCGUUUGCAAUGGGUAUUCUGGAUUUCAAGACACGUGGAUGACCGAAUGGGGGCAAAAAUCAAAACCGCCGAAAUUCCCUGGACCAAAAAUUAACUGCCAAAAAAAUCCUAUACAGAACUGCGCACCACCAAGAUUAUUCAGUUAAAAUCAAGCCAACGGAGAAAAUACUUGCCAAAUUUUUCCUACCCCAAAAGAAUCCCGGAAUUGAAAAUUUUAAACCCAAAAAAUCCUUCGAUCAUCGCCUUCACUUGAAAUCCGGACUACCUCAACUGGAGUUUCGUUCCACCCCAAAUUUCUUAAUCAAAAGUUUGCUUAUGGCGUACUUCAUAACCGCAAAACAGAUUGUCGAAUACGAAGCUGAAUCGGAGAGACCUACAAGUAAAAAGGAAAGAACCACGAAUGGAAAAAACAAACAAGUACCCUGUAUUUUUUGGAAACCGAAACACACUCAACUCGAAAACGAAGAACCCUCAACGCCGGUGGAAGGGUGUGCAAUAAACCAAAUGGGUCCGUAAAUUUGAAGCGCGACCAUCCCCUUUGGGUAUUUGCGUUGCCUCGACGUACUCGUACCCGUUGUUGGGUAUUUGGAAUCAAAUGUUUUGGCUCGGGGAGGGGAGAGUAUAGUAGAGGUUUACAUUUUUAGCGCCUUACAUUGAAAAAAUUUUGCGGUAUUGUAGUGUUUGGCAAAUUUUCAUGCGGUACUUGUGUAAUUUUGGCCUUGAAUUCUGAUAUUGUGGUAUUUCUAAACAUGCCGAAGUUUCUGUGAUUGGCUCGGGGAUUUUUAGCGUGGUUGUGUCGAAUUUCUCGAUUUCUCUUUGCAGUGUUACGGUGUUCCGUAUACCCCUAGCCGCUCUUCAAUGGUUUUUUUUUGCGCAUGCGUAUACUUCUGCCAAAAGACCAGCUUUGAUAGUGUGACAAGUUGCGGUUUUAGAAAGGUUUACCAAACAAUAUUCCCAUGAUAAUUUUUUAUGCGUUUGAACCCAUCAACAGAAAUAAUUAGCAAGGCAUUUAUAAUAACGGAUGCUGAAAUCCUAUGGUGCAACCACAGCACCUUCACAUUUUACCAUUUAUUAUUAUAAUUAUUAUAACUAUUAUAUUAUUAUUAUUAUUAUUACUAUUUGAAAAGUUAUUUUAGUGUUAAUCCAAUCUUAAGUUUUUGUAGUUUUGAAAGUGAAAAAAGUGUUGUUGUUGAUGUGGUCAUAGCAGCCAAACAUCUUUAAGUAGCAAACCGAAUUUAUAUACUUAACAGUGUUUUUAUCCCGAGUUUUUAUCAACAAAGUAUUACCAAUGACGAAAGCCGUUGCAAAUUAUGAAGAUUAUCCCGUUACGUUCUAUAAAACUAAAAGUAAACUUUACCGAAUUUCACUAGCACCAAAAAGAAACAAUAUGUUUAUAAAGAUUAUUGCUGCAAUUGACUCCUGAUUCUGUUUCCAAAUAUGGUUCUGUCACGUCUUACUGAAGUGGUACUGUAACUCCCUGCUGCUACUAAGUCGAUUGACUAGGGUAACAAAAAAUAACUGCAAAAAAUGUCGCCCUAAAUCUGAAACUGAAUCAGCCACCGAGAUUGUCGGAAAGUGAGUUGGCAAUGGUUGGUUACUACGGUGUUCUGAGCGACUUAGCUACUGAAUUCUGGAAAGCAGUUUCAUGUCUUGAAUGAAAGCAUAACGGAAAACUGAAUCAGAUUACGUUACUGUCCUGUUGUUUGAAAACUCCUUCACCACGCAUUUCAUGACUGCCUGCCACAGAAUUUUGAUUGUUUUGUUCAGUCAAUAAAAGUUUUAUACUAAUGUAAGAUUACCACUUGUGGCAAAAUGAAUGGUUGUUUUGGUAACAGUGCUUAUGCAAGUGAAGUUAAUAUUAAUUUAAAGCUUUUCACUCAUUUUUCCAGAUCAAACCAUUAUGCCUCAAACGUCAAAUGAAUGUGCCCUGGUCUGUGGAUUACAAGUUUAUUGUUUGAUUUAAAUUAUGAAUUUAUUAACGGGAGCUUCGCUUUUAGCCCUGGCUAAAUCUAUAUAUUACAGAAAACUAAGGAGAAAUGAAAUAAAAUAUACCAAAAAGACAAAAAAAACCCAUUUGAAAACAUUCAACAUACGGAAGUGGUUAAACCUUAUCUCUACUGAAGGUGGUUUUUUAACUUUUUAUCUAGAUUAGGCUUUUCCUAGAGUCAGUUGUGAUCGAGUUUACCACUUGUGGCAAAAUGAAUGGCUGUUUUGGUACUAGUGCUUUAUAUACAACUGAAGAUAAUGUCAAUUUACAGCUUUAUACUCAUUUUUUCAGAUGAAACCAUGAUGGCACAGAGUGGAAACGGAGCAGCAAGUGAGGGUGAUGUUACAUCACUUGGUCCCGUACAAGAGCUGAACUUUGAUGAUGACACACUCAAAGGUAAAGAUUCUUACAACUGUUAAUAGUGUAUCACCAAAAGGCCUUUAACAUAGAAAUUUAAGGAGAAAUGAAAUAAAACAUACAGAAAGAAAAAAACCGUCAUUUGAUAACAUUCAACACACAUAAAGACUGAAAGCCGUUGAAGGUGUUUUUUUCUUUAUAUCUAGAUUAAACUUUUUCUAAAAUUUGUGGUCGACGACUUCUUCCUUUAUCUUGCGGAUUCAUUGUUACAUAUAGGCCUGCAUUAGCUGUCGCCAAGUAUGAUUCCUAUUUUCCCGCCAACCCGAAGGAUGCACACGCACCGCAUAACGGUUUAUUAGUGUGAGCUACAAAUUUGAUACAUUUUCUGCUUUCUUAGCAUUUUUAACAUCAGAAAGUGAGGAACGGAACGAUCAAAUUUGGCCCUAUUUCACACAUCUGUGACCAAUGUCAUGAUCAACGCCAUUGAUGAGUUAACAAGUAACAUCAUUUGUCUAACCGGGCAAUAAAUGAUCUCUGUCGUAUUUUUCGUUUUAUAAUCUGUAGCAACGAGACGAAGACGGAAAUGAACAUACUAAAAAGUUGCACUCGAUAGUCCGCAUUGUACUCUUAUCUUUUGUAACCACAAUUAUAAAUCAACAUUUUAUUUUUUUAUACCAUAACAAGUUUCUUUCUAAAGGGGUAUUCCGGAUUUCAAGGGACGUGGAUGACGGAAUGUGGGCAAAAAUCAAAACCGCCAAAAUUCCCUGGACCAAAAAUUAACUCCCAAAAAAAUCCCAUACAGAACUACGCACCACCAAGAUUAUUCAGUUAAACUCAAGCCAACCAAGAAAAUACUUGCCAAAUUUUUCCUACCCCAAAAGAAUCCCGGAAUUUAAAAUUUUAAACCCAAAAAAAUCCUGCCGAUCAUCGCCGUCACUUGAAAUCCGGAGUACCUCCACUGGAGUUUCGUUCCACCCCAAAUUUCUUAAUCGAAAGUUUUGCUUAUGACGUGUUUCAUAACAGCAAAACAAAUUUUCGAAUACGAAGCUGAAUCGGAGAGACCUACAAGUAAAAACGGAACAACCACGAAUGGUAAAGGAACCAAGUAUCCUGUAUUUUUUGGAAGCCGAAAUACACUCAACUCGAAAACGAAAAACCCUCACCUCCGGCGAAAGGGCCUGCUGCAAUCAACUAAAAUGGGUCACUUAAUUUGAAGUGUGACUACCCCCUUUAGGCAUUUGCGUUGCCUCUAGCUGGGCUCUUUUGCCCACUGCACUGUGGGGUAUUUGGAAUCAAAUGUUUGUCUCGGGCAGGGGAGAGUAUAGAAGAGUUUUACAUUUUUAGCGCCUUACAUUGAGAAAGUUUACGGUAUUAUUGUGUUUGGCAAAUUUUCAUGCGGUAGUUAUGUAAUUGGGGUCUUGAAUUCUGAUAUUGUGGUAUUUCUAAACAUGCGGAAUUUUUUUUAUUGGCUCGCCGAUUUUUAGCACGGUUGUGUCGAAUUUCUCGAUUUUUCAUUGCGAUGUUACGGUGUUCCGUAUACCCCUAGGCGCUCUUCAAUCUUUUUUUUGCGCAUGCGUAAACUUCUCCUACAAGACCGGCUUUGAUAGUGUGAUAUUGUGCCCAGUUGCGGUUUUAGAAAGGUUUACCAAACAAUAUUCCCAUGAUAAUUUGUUAUACGGUUAGACCCAUCAACAGAAACAAUUAGCAAGGCAUUUAUAAUAAUGGAUGUUCAAAUCCUAUGGUGUAACCAAAGCACCUUCACAUUGUACCACUUCUUAUUAUAAUUAUUAUGACUAUUAUAUUAUUAUUAUUAUUGUUAUUAUUAUUAUUAUUAUUAUUAUUAUUGUUAUUAUCUGAAAGGGUUAUUUUAGUGUUCAUCCAAUCUUAAAUUUUUGUAGUUUUGAAAGUAAAAAAGUGUUGUUGUUGAUGUGGUCAUAGCAGCCAAACAUCUUUAAAACAUCUUAAUUAAGUAGCAAACGGAAUUUAUAUACUUAACAAGUGAAGUUAAUAUUAAUUUCAAGCUUUUUUCCCAUUUUCCAGAUCAAACCAUUAUGGCACAGAGUGGAAGCGGAGCAGCAGGUGAGAGUGAUGUAAGAUCACUUGGUACCGGACAAGAGCUGAAUUUUGAUGAUGACACACUGAAAGGUAAAGAUUCUGACAACUGUUAAUAGUGUAUCACCAAAAGGCCUUUAAUAUAGCAAACUAAUGACAAAUGAAAUAAAACAUACAAAAAUAACAAAAAACCGUCAUUUGAAAACAUUCAACAAACGGAAGUGGUUAAAGAGUCAAAGUCGUUAAACAUUAUCUCUACUGAAGGUGGUUUUUUAAUUUUUUUUAAUCUAGAUUAGGCUUUUCCUAGAAUCACUUGUGGUCGAUUUUACCACUUGUAGCAAAAUGAAUGGCUGUUUUGGUACUAGUGCUUUAUAUACAAGUGAAGAUAAUGUCAAUUUACAGCUUUAUACUGAUUUUUUCAGAACAAACCAUUAUGGUACAGAGUGGAAACGGAGCAGCAAGUGAGAGUGAUGUUACAUCACAUGGUACCGAACAAGAGCUGAACUUUGAUGACGACACACUCAAAGGUAAAGAUUCUUACAACCGUUAAUAGUGUAUCACCAAAAGGCCUUUAACAUGAGAAAUUUAAGGAGAAAUGAAAUAAAAAAUACAGAAAAGAAAAAAAACCGUCAUUUGAUAACAUUCAACAUUUGAUACAUGAAGACUGAAAGUCGUUAAACAUUAUCUCCACUGAAGGUGUUUUUUAUUUUUUAUCUAGAUUAUACUUUUUCUAAAAUUUGUGGUCGAUGAAUACGUUUUCCUUCCGGAUUCACCAUUACAUAUAGCCCUGCAUCUGUCUUGGGGAGGGGAGAGUAUAGUAUAUUGCUACAUUUUUAGCGCCUUACAUUGAGAAAAUUUUGCGGUAUUAUUGUGUUUGGCAAAUUUUCAUGCGGUAGUUACGUAAUUGUGAUCUUUAAUUCUAAUAUUGUGGUAUUUCUAAAUAUGGGGAAUCUUUUUUGAUUGGUUUGGAGAUUUUUAGCAUGGUUUUGUCGAAUUUGUCGAUUUUUCUUUGCGGUGUUACGGUGUUCGGUAUACCCCUAGCCGCUCUUUAAUCUUAUUUUUUGCCCAUGCGUAUACUUCUGCUACAAGACCGGCUUACAUAAUGUGAUAUCGUGCCCAGUUGCGGUUAAAGAAAGGUUUACACUUAAGUGCCAAACAGUAUUCCCAUGAUAAUUUGGUAUGCGGUUGGACCCAUCAACAGAAACAAUUACAAAGGCAUUUAUAAUAAAGGAUGUCGAAACCCUAUGCUGCAGCCACACCACCUUCAAAUUGUGCCAUUUAUUACUAUUAUUACUGUUGCAAAAGGUUAUUUUAUAGUGUUAAUCCAAUAUUAGGUUUUUGUAGUUUUGAAAGCAAAAAAAGUGUUGUUGUUCAUGUGGUCAAACAUCUUUAAGUAGCAAACCGGAUUUAUAUAAUUAACAAUGUUUUUAUCAGGAAUUUUAUCAAAAAAGUAUUGCCAAUAACGAAAGCUUUUGCAAAUUAUGACGAUUGUCUCGUUAAGUUCGAUAAAACUAAAAGAAAACUUUACCGAAUUUCACUCGUACCAAAAAGAAGCAAUAUGUUUAUAAGGAUUAUUGCUCCAAUUGACUCCUGAUUUUGUUUUCAAAUAUGGUUCUGUCACGUCUUACAGAAAUCGUACAAUAACUCCCUGCUCCUACUAAGUCGAUUGACUAGGGUAACAAAAAAAAACGGCAAAAAACGUCGCUCUGAAUCUGAAACUGAAUCAGCCAACGAGAUUGUCGAAAAGUAAGUUGGCAGUGGUUGGUUACUAGGGUGGCCUGAGCGACUGAGCUACUGAAUUCUUGAAAGCAGUUUCAUGUAUUGAUUGAAAGCAAAUGGAAAACUCAAUCAGUUUACGUGUACUGUCCUGUUGUUUGAAAAUAACUUCACCACGCAUUUCAUGACUGCCUCCCACAGAAUUUGGAUUGACUUGUUGAGUCAAUAAAAGUUUUACACUAAUGUGAGUUUUACCACUUGUGACAAAAUGAGUGGUUGUUUUGGUAACAGUGCUUAUAUAAGUGAAGUUAAUAUUAAUUUAAAGCUUUUUACCGAUUUUUCCAGAUCAAACCAUUAUGGCACAGAGUGGAAACGGAGCAGCAUUUGAGAGUGAUGGUACAUCAAAUGGUACCGGACAAGAGCUGAAUUUUGAUAAUGGGACACUGAAAGGUAAAGAUUCUGACAACUGUUAAUAGUGUAUCACCAAAAGUCCUUUAAUACAGCAAACUAAGGACAAAUGAAAUAAAAUAUACAAAAAAGACAAAAAAACCGUCCUUUAAAAACAUUCAACAUACGGAAGUGGUUGAAGAGUCAAAGUCGUUAAACAUUAUCUCUACUAGGUAUCUAGAUUAGGCUUUUCCUAGAAUUUCUGGUCGAAUUUCGCACUUGUGGCGAAACGAAUGGCUGUUUUGGUAACAGUGCUCAUACAAGUGAAGUUAAUAUUAAUUUAAAGCUCUUUACUGAUUUUUCCAGAUCAAACCAUUAUGGCACAGAGUGGAAACGGAGCAGCAUGUGAGAGUGAUGGUACAUCAAAUGGUACCGGACAAGAGCUGAAUUUUGAUGAUGACACACUGAAAGGUAAAGAUUCUGACAACUGUUAAUAGUGUAUCACCAAAAGUCCUUUAAUACAGCAAACUAAGGACAAAUGAAAUAUAAUAUACAAAAAAGACAAAAAAACCGUCCUUUGAAAACAUUCAACAUACGGAAGUGGUUACAGAGUCAAAGUCGUUAAACAUUAUCUCUGCUGAAGGUAUCUAGAUUAGGCUUUUCGUAAAAUUUGUGGUCGUCUUUACCACUUGUGGCAAAAUGAAUGGCUGUUUUGGUACUAGUGCUUUAUAUACAAGUGAAGAAAAUGUCAAUUUAAAGUUUUAUACUGAUUUUUCCAGAUCAAACCAUCAUGGCACAGAGUGGAAACGGAGCAGCAAGUGAGGGUGAUGUUACAUCACUUGGUACCGGACAAGAGCUGAAUUUUGAUGAUGACACACUGAAAGGUAAAGAUUCUGACAACUGUUAAUAGUGUAUCACCAAAAGGCCUUUAACAUAGAAAUUUAAGGAGAAAUGAAAUAAAAGAUACAGAAAGGAAAAAAACAAACGUCAUUUGAUAACAUUCGACAUACAUAAAGACUGGCGAUAAACAUUAUCUCCACUGAAGGUGUUUUUUAUUUUUUAUCUAGAUUAAACUUUUUCUAAAAUUUGUGGUCGACGAAUUCCUUUAUCUUGCGGAUUCACUGUUAAUGUAGCCCUGCAUUAGAUCCCGGCAAGUAUGAUUUCUAUUUUCCCACCAACCCGAAAGACGCACACGCACCGCAUAACGGUCUAUUAGUGUGAGCUACAAAUUUAAUGCAUUUUCACCUUUUUUAGCAUUUUUAACAUCAGAAAGUGAGGAACGGAACGACCAAAUUUGUCCCUAUUUGACAAGUCUGUGACCAAUGUCAUGAUCAACGCCAUUGAUGAGUUAACAAGUGACGGCAUUUAUCUAACCGGGAAAUAAAUUAUCCCCGUCGUAUUUUUCGUUUUGAUCUGUAGCAAAGAGACGAAGACGGGAAUGAACUCACAAAAAAGUUGCACACGAUAGUCCGUAUUGUACUCUUAUCUUAUGUACCAACAAUUAGAAUUCACCAGUAUUUUUUUUAUACCAAAGCAAGUUUCGUUCCCAAGGGGUGUUCCGGAUUUUAAGAGACGUGGAUGACCGAACAGGGGCAAAAAUCAAAACCCCAAAAAUUAACCCCCCAAAAAAUCCCAUACAGAACUACGCACCACCAACAUUAUUCAGUUAAAAUCAAGCCAACUAAGAAAAUACUCGCCAAAUUUUUCCUACCCCCAAAGAUUCCCGGAAUUGAAAAUUUUAAACCCAAAAAAUCCUUCUAUCUUAGCCGUCACUUGAAAUCCGGAGUACCUUCACUGGAGUUUCGUUCCACCCCAAAUUUCUUAAUCGAAAGUUUUGCUUAUGACGUACUUCAUAAUUGCAAAACAGAAUGUCCAAAAUAAAGCUGAAUCGGAAAGACCUACAACUAAACAGGAAACAACCACGAAUGGGAAAAGAACCAAGUAUCUUCUACUUUUGAAAAACGAAAUACACUCAACUCGAAAACGACGAACCCUCAACCCCGGUGAAAGGGCCUGCAAUCAACUAAAAUGGGUCAGUUAAUUUGAAAUGUGACCAUCUCCUCUAGGCAUUUCUGUUGCCUCUAGCUACCCUUACUGACGGUGGGACAUUUUGAAUCAAUCGUCCGUCUCAGGGAGGGCAAAGUAUGGUAGAGUUUUACAUUUUUAGCGCCUUACAUUGAGAAAUUUUGCGGUAUUGUGGUGUUUGGCAAAAUUUUCAUGCGGUACUUAUGUAAUUGUGGUCUUCAACUCUUAUAUUGUGGUAUUUUUAAAAAUGCGGAAUUUUUUUGUGAUUGGCUCGGCGAUUUUAAGUAUGGUUUUGUCGAAUUUGUCGACUUUUCUUUGCGGUGUUACUGUGUUCGGAAUACCCCUAGCAGCUCUACAAUCGGGUUUUUUUUGCGCAUGCGUAUACUUUUGCUACAAGACCGGCUUUGAUACUGUGAUAUCUUGUCCAGUUGCGGUUUUACAAAGGUUCACAGAAACAAUUAGCAAGGCAUUUAUAAUAACGGAUGCUGAAAUCCUAUGAUGCAACCACAGCACCUUCACAUUGUACCAUUUAUUAUUGUAAUUAUUAUUAUUAUUAUAUUAUUAUUAUUACUAUUUGAAAAGGUUAUUUCAGUGUUAGUCCAAUCUUAAGGUUUUGUAGUUUGAAAGUAGAAAAAAUGUUGUUGUCGAUGUGGUCAUAGCAGCCAAAUAUCAUUAAGUAGCAAACCGGAUUUAUACAAUUAACAAUAUUUUAUCACGAAUUUUUAUCAACAAAGUAUUACCAAUAACGAAAGCCGUUGCAAAUUAUGACGAUUAUCCCCUUAAGUUCUAUAACGCUAAAAAUAAACUUUACCGAGUUUCACUUGCACCAAAAAGAAACAAUAUGUUUAUAAGGGUCAAUCUAAUGAUAGCAAAUACCCGCAAUUGCAUGACUCCUGAUUCUGUUUUCAAUUAUACUUCUAUCACGUCUAACUGAAGUGGUACUGUAACUCCCUGCUUCUACUAAGUCGAUUGACUACGUAACAAUAAAAAACUGCAAAAAAAGGUCGGUCUGAAUCUGAAACUGAAUCAGCCACCGAGAUUGUCGAAAAGUGUCAGUUGGCAAUCUUUGGUUACUAGGGCGGCCUGAGCGACUGAGCUACUGAAUUCUGGAAAGCAGUUUCAUGUAUUGAUUAAAAGCACAAUGGAAAAGUGAAUCAGAUUACGUGUACCGUCCUGUUGUUUGAAAAUUACUUCACCACGCAUUUCAUGACUGCCUCCAACAGAAUUUGGAUUGACUUGUUGAGUCAAUAAACGUUUUACACUAAUGUGAGUUUUACCACUUGUGACAAAAAUGAGUGGUUGUUUUGGUAACAGUGCUUAUAUAAGUGAAGUUAAUAUUAAUUUAAAGCUUUUUACCGAUUUUUCCAGAUCAAACCAUUAUGGCACAGAGUGGAAACGGAGCAGCAUUUGAGAGUGAUGGUACAUCAAAUGGUACCGGACAAGAGCUGAAUUUUGAUAAUGGGACGCUGAAAGGUAAAGAUUCUGACAACUGUUAAUAGUGUAUCACCAAAAGUCCUUUAAUAGCGGAGCUCCUCGCGCGCGCGCAGCGGAGCACCAUGGGUAAGAAAAUUUGGUAAACUAUCCAUCCGAGAAAAUUUGGUUAUGACGUAGCGUACGCCCGCCCGCCCACCGGUACACACGCUUCAUGUAAGCCGAUGUCAAAUGUCACAAUAGAUCUUGCACAACUUGACUAGCCUCUUAGUUAUGUAAGCCAUCCGUAUGAGUACGAUUAGAUUGACAGCUGUCAAAAUUAGACAUCCGAUCACCUGACUAUCUCGCGGGCUCAGAUGAAAGACCAGUCGUUUUGCCCCUACAUAUAAGCUGAUAUAAUAUGUCAGGCUUACCAAUUCAACAUAAAAACGAAACUACGCCGGGCAAAGUUGUCAGUUGGCUGACAGUCGUUUAAAGUUAUAUUGGCAAGCCAAAUUAAGGUCAAUUGACAGCUGUCAAAAUGGGACAUGUGCAGACCACUAUCAGAAAACUAAUAACGUGGGCUCAGGUUCGCUCAGGUACACGAUCUGGCAUUUUCCACUACAUGCCGGACGGAUAUGUCUUACUCACACUCGUAGUCUGUUAAUUCGAAUAUUCGCCAUUCUAAUGAAGGUUAAUUGACAGCUGUCAAACUAGAGUAUACGCUGACCAUCAUCACCUGAGUGUAUCGCGGGCUCAUUUGUCUAUCCAUUGAGGUCACGUAAAAGUUUUGCGCUGAUAUUUUAUUUGAUCACGGGCUCAAUUCGAAGUCCCAUAGCUUAGAAAAUCUAUCCAUCUUAGAAAAUUCGGCAAUCACGUGACCGUACACCGACCACCCGACCUUCCGUCCGUCCGCACCACAGGCAUACCAAUGUUUAAUCUCACACUUUCUAGCUAGUUUGGGAGCCUGCAACCCGAUAUUGUACAUAUAUGUUUUGAUUAAUUGACAGCUGUCAAAAUAGUGUUUCUGCUGACCAGUAUCGCCUGACCUUAUCGCGGGCUCAGGUAUCGACCCACUGAGUUCGAGUGUUUUUUUAACGUAUCCGCUGACAGGUUGCUACUUUUCAAUUAUCGCAGGCUCAAGUUCAAUUUUUUAAAAAAGCAUACGAAAUAAGUCGAGUUCCUGAGCCGCACUUUUAAAAUGUUGAUUUCGAACUGACCUCGGACGCGAAAAUUCAACCGGCUUUUACAUUUACAUGCAGGGAAGGCAAUCACUUUUGAUUUUUCUCACUGUCACGCGUUGAUCACGCUCUACGUCCAAUUUUUAUGUUCUGAUUGGUCAAAAUUUGACAGGUGAUUUCAUGCGGAAAAUUUAUGCAGCGUCUGGAAACUUGCUUACUGAUAGCUGGAGCUUACAGAGUUCUGUGUCAUCUUGUGAUGUUUUAAACUGGCUUUAUCUACUUGGUGUACAAAAUUAAAUACAGCUGCUAUCAAGAUUGUUCUGUAAUUCAUGCCUGGUUUGUUUAUUGCGCUUUUUGUUGACAAAUGCACCGCUUGUCAAAGUCAUUGGAAAUCCGAUUUCGGAUGGCAUCGUUUUCAAAAAUGAGCUUAUUCUCUUUCCCUUGCUUGAGGCGUAAGAGGGUUGAAAAUUCUGGAACACUUGAUGACCUUCAGAAGCAGCAUCUCGACUGGUAAGCCUGAGAAAUUGUUGUCUUUGAUGUGUUGUUUUUUUUCGGUUCCUGAAGUCGAGCCUAUGGUUUAUGCGGCUUAAGUUUAUACACGAGCAAUGAUCUAACCUACAACAGUAUCAGGUUUGAAAAGCCUUUAGACAUUUUUUGACCGCAAAUUCAAAGAAAAUGUUCCGAAGAUUAUUUAGUUAUGAUUUUGGCUGUAAACAGAAAGCUCUGAGCGAUUUUCUUGCCUCGAGUUCAUCUUGAAAAAGAGCAAACGCCGGGAAGCCGGCUUAAAACAUAAAUAAGCUUAUGCUUACCUGACUCAUGAUUUUCAGAGACACUUUACUCUCAAUACUUCUCUUCGUGAAUGAAAAUUAUUGUCUCUGUACAUGUUUCACCGAAUUAUAUUUAUUUUAUUGAUUGUUAGUAGUCCCUCUCGCAAUUUUUAUCGCUGCACCGGUUGUAUCCCAGUCGAACAUAAACAUCUCAUGCAGGAAUACUCAAAACGCCGCUCGUAAAUAUCACUCGCUUUUAAAGAUUACACAUUACAAAACCAUACGCAGUUUAAUAAACAAAGGGAAAUAAAACCUAAACAUAACAAUUUAUCUAUCAUGUUGGAGCGUAAAUGGUAACUCUAUUAAUCGCACUGCAAAUUUGGUGCCUGUCAAAAGUGAGACCUGUCCGGCUGGCCGAAAAGUGAUUUUGGGAAUUUUUUAUCGUUUUCAUUAAAAGCCCAUAAUUAUUACCCUGCAUAUCACAUAUAGGACCAGAUUUUUCUAACUGAAAAGUCCUGGCAUUAUAGAAUUCUCUUCAUGAAAACGUAUUAUAAUUCAGGAAGCGCGUGCUUUGAUCGUCGUGGAUAUUGAAUGAGUACAAAUUCUCUUGCAAAAUUGUGAAAAACUGCAGAAUUAUAGGUUUAAAUAGGGCAAAAAAGAACAAUUUUUGUCCGAGGUCUGUAUGAUAAAAACAAGGGCCUCAUAGUACUGUUUACCUGAGACGUGAUGAGAAAAAGUAUGUUUAAAAGGCUGGUUUACACGCCACCAGAUUCGUCGCCAAGAUUUACUAGUAAACUAAACUUGUCGAACACAAAAAAUCCGGCCUGAUUUUUUAUUUUGGCCUUUCUUUUAGACAGAGGAAUGCAACGUGUAAAUUGGCAGCCACCAAGGACUAUCGUGGCGCGUGUGUUUCUUAAAAUUAUAUUUCGGGGUUGUCCAAUUAUCCAUAGUCUCUCAAACGUAGCAAUGUUGGAGAGAGUGGUGAAUGCCACAUUAUGAUGCAGCAGCUAAUGCAAAUACAAUACACGAAUAGGUAGGUCUAUUUGUUUUCCAGGCCUAAUCUAUUGUGAUCGACCAUGAUUGCUAUUUUUGGGUGUACAAAUAAGACUAUUUAAUAACUCGAUAUAAAAGCUGUUUUACUCUUGGACUGUCAAAUUAUUUUUCUCUAAAAUCACUUAGCCUUUGCCUCAAACGUCAAAUGAAUGUGCCCUGAUCUGUGGAUUACAAGUUUAUUGUUUGAUUUAAAUUAUGAAUUUAUUAACGGGAGCUUCGCUUUUAGCC